GGAGUACCGCGACGUCUUCCCCCGUAUUUCUCAUACAGCGGGAUUCCCCCGAUGCGCGGUGUCGAGCAUUCCAUCCAGCUCGUGCCUGACUAUUGUGUUCACCAUCAGACACCAUACCGACUCUCGAUUCCAGAGGCGACGGAACUCAAGCGUCAGCUUGAGGAGCUCCUUCGACUUGGUUUCAUUAAACCUAGUAACUCCCCUUGGGGUGCACCUGUCCUCUUUGCUCGCAAAGCAGACGGAACUCUCCGCCUCUGCAUCGAUUAUCGCGGCCUUAACCAUUACACGGUUAAGAACAACUAUCCCAUGCCCCGCGCGGAUGAGCUGUUUAACCGUCUGGCAGGCAACCGCUUCUUCACGAAGAUCGAUCUUCUUAGCGGUUACCACCAGAUCUGCGUUGCCGCAGAGGACCAGCCGAAGACCGCCUUGUGGUCGCGCUUCGGCCACUACGAGUUCACGGUGAUGCCAUUCGGCCUCACCAAUGCACCCGCCACCUUCCAGACGGCGAUGAACGACAUCUUCAGGGACAUCCUUGAAGAAUACGUUCUCGUAUACCUGGACGACAUCCUGGUCUACAUUCGUACCUUAGAAUACCAUAUCAGACACCUCCGCGAUGUCCUACAGCGCUUAUGCAAGCAUGGCUUCUAUGCCAAGCUCAGUAAGUGCCGCUUUGCCCAGCGCAAAGUGGACUUCCUAGGACACCAUGUGUCUGACCAGGGUCUCCACAUGGACGACGCGAAGAUCAGGGCUAUUGCAGAGUGGCCCGACGCCUUCCGCGCCCUCAAGAAGGCGGUGACUUGCGCGCCGGUUCUUCGCCUUUCCGAUUUUGAUCGUCCCUUUAUCGUCACCACCGAUGCGUCAGAUUUUGCAGUAGGAGCUGUCCUUUCUCAUGUGUUUCCCUCUCCUCCAGAUUCACCUUACCCCCAUGUUCCUCCUUUUCCCCCCCCUCCUGCUGACACUGCUUCUCGACUGACGCCUAUCCUACCACCACUUCCCUCCACUGACAGUCCUCCCAUUACUUACUCCCCGACCAUCGCGGAGGAUGAGACGGUCGAGGCUCGUGCUGGGGAUUCCCGUCAGCUACUACCUGCCGAGAUAAACUACACUGCCGAUGAACGUGAGGUUCUCGCAGUAGUUUAUGCUACCCGGCAUUGGCGUCAUUAUCUGCAUGGGGCGCCCUUCACGGUGCGCACGGACAACUCAGUUGUCCAGGCUUUCCUCACGAAGCCUAAGCUCUCCCCUCGACAGGCACGCUGGUGGCGUGACUUAUCCGAGUUCAGUUUCACCACUCAGCCCAUCAAGGGUGAAACGAACCGCGUCGCUGAUGCUUUGUCCCGCCGUCCUGAUCACAAUCAGGAACCCAUCCAUCUUGCUGCCAUCUCCAUCACCAGUGUUGAUCAGUCGGUGAUCGACGAGUAUCGCACUAAGUACCGCCACUGCCCCGAUUAUCGCGUCAUCCACGCGACACUGCGGAGUGGCAAGACCGUUUCUUCCUACUCCCUCGGGGAGAACGGCCUCGUGUACUGGCAUGGCAGAUCUGGUCAGCUAGAACCACGUAUCUGUGUUCCCUCCACCGGACAGCUCCGCGUCCAGGCUGUAGCAGAGUUCCAUGACCAGGCAGCUGCCAGUCAUAUGGGUUUCCACAAGACGUUGGCUCGUGUUUGCCGCCUAUACGUCUAGCCGAAGUCCAAGGACUUUGUCAAAACCUACAUCCAGGAGUGUCCUACCUGCCAGGAAGUGAACAGUGCGAACCAC